AAAAAAAAAAAAAAAAAAAAAAAAAAAAAAAAAAGAGGCGGAGGUCUGUAGGAAGGCUAAAAGUAAGAGGGUGAGAAGGUUCUUGACCCAUCAAGAGGAAAAACCCUUUCAUUCUCUAUCAAAAAUUUUAGUAUCAAGCGAUUGACUCUGCUCAACAACAACUGGGUUUCGAUUGGAUUACGUUUUAUUCAAUUGGAUUGAAAUCUUUCAUUCAUCUCUGUGUGUAUUGAUUUGAUGGUCAUUUUUGAAGAGGGAAGAGAUUUGAAAGAUCAGAGGUAGAUUGAAGGAAGGAGAAGAGAGGGGAAAGAGUUUGAGAGCAGAGAAUUAGAUUGGAAAACAGAGCAUUGUUUUUUUUUUUUUUCUUGUGUGUGUAUUUUGUUUCUUUUUUCUUUUGGUUUUUGUUUUUAAAAAUUGCGGCAGUGGGAGUGUUGAAUAUUGAUCCGUUGUUGGUUUUUAUGGGAACUCCACCAGCAGAGGAGCUUCUGAGGAAGGUCCAAGAGCUGGAGGAGGGUCAAGCGCAUCUCAAGAAAGAGAUGUCCAAACUUCUUAUCUCUGGAGCUGUCGCCGAUUCCAACUCCGACCACCAAAUCCACCAUCACCACCAUCACCAUCAACGUUCUCAAUCCAUAUCACCUCAACGUUCUAGAUUUGCUGCCACUCGUAGAAGAGGUGGCACUGCCGGAGGUUUAGACGGCGCUGCUGCAGCCUGGAAAAGAGGCUCUUCCUCGUUUCGACAUUCUUCUCCUCUUCAGAGAGAGAGUAGAACUCGCGACACUAUGAAUGCCGCCGCCUCCGCCGCCGUCUGCGGCGGCGGUGGCUGCUCUGGCCCCGCCGCUGUGAAUUUCACCAACAAACAGUAUCUAAAUAUCUUACAGUCAAUGGGACAGCCUGUUUAUAUUUUUGACCUUAAUUAUCACAUAAUUUACUGGAACCGAGCUGCUGAAAUUGUAUAUGGGUAUUCUGCGGCGGAGGCUCUUGGUCAGGAUGCCAUUGAACUUCUAGUAGAUCCUGAGGAUUUCGCCAUUGCAAACCAUGUAGUUCUUCGUGUAAUGGCGGGUGAGAAUUGGACCGGUCAUUUACCUGUAAAGAACAAGAUUGGGCAAAAAUUUGUAGUUGUUGCUACCAACACUCCAUUCUACGACGAUGGUGCAUUGGUUGGGAUUAUAUGUGUAUCCACCGAUUCCCGGCCAUUUCAAGAUUUGAAGAUUCCUUUAUCAGUAGGUUCUAAACAGCAGGAUGCAGAUUCAAGCAUGGUUCGAUCACGAGUCCCGGUUUCAGUUAAGCUUGGUCUUGAUCCUCAGCAGCCUCUUCAAGUGGCAAUCGCUUCGAAGUUAUCGAAUUUGGCAUCAAAGGUAAGCAACAAAGUCAAGUCCAAAAUCAGCUUGGAUCGUGAAGGUGGAAGUGGAGAUGGUUAUCAUUCUGAUCAUGGCCAUCCAGAUGCAGUUCUUUGUGAUCAUCGGGAUGAUGCAAAUUCGAGUGGAGCUAGCACACCUCGAGGAGAUUCCACGGCUCAUGGUGCAUUUUCCCAGGUUGAAGAGAAGUUAUCUGGGAGACUGGUGAGGGAUUCUAGUGAUGAGGGUAAAGGAAAACCUACCAUCCAGAAGAUUUUGUCCUCGAAAGCAGAAGAAUGGAUUGCCAAGAAAGGCUUAUCGUGGCCGUGGAAAGGGACUGAGCAAGAAGGAGGAUCUGAAACAAGAGCAGCCCGUUUUGUUUGGCCUUGGGUACAAAUUGAUCAAGAAGCUGAACCAGCUAAUCAUAAGAGUUCAUCUAUAUCUGGUAAACCAGAAAUGCAGCAAAACGACGGUCAUCGAGCAGUCAAUAAUGAGGCGUCGGGAUCUUGGUCAUCAAUCAAUAUUAACAGCACUAGCAGUGUAAGUAGCUGUGGAAGUACCAGUAGUAGUGCUGUCAACAAGGUUGAAUCGGACAUGGACUGCUUGGAUCAUGAAAUCUUGUGGGAAGACCUUACCAUUGGGGAGCAAAUAGGACAAGGUUCUUGUGGAACUGUCUAUCAUGCACUGUGGUAUGGAUCAGAUGUUGCCGUUAAAGUGUUCUCCAAACAAGAGUAUUCAGAUGAUGUGAUUCUCUCCUUCAAACAGGAGGUAUCCCUGAUGAAAAAGCUUAGACAUCCCAAUAUUCUUCUCUUUAUGGGAGUAGUGACUUCACCUCAGCGUCUCUGCAUUGUCACAGAAUUCCUUCCACGUGGAAGUUUGUUUCGUUUACUACAGAGGAACACAGGCAAAUUAGAUUGGAGACGCCGUGUUCAUAUGGCUUUGGACAUUGCACGAGGCAUGAACUAUCUUCACCAUUGUAAUCCACCCAUUAUUCACCGAGAUUUGAAAUCAUCAAACCUCUUAAUCGAUAAAAACUGGACCGUGAAGGUUGGAGAUUUUGGUCUAUCUCGACUUAAGCAUGAGACUUAUCUAACAACUAAGACCGGAAAGGGCACGCCUCAAUGGAUGGCCCCCGAAGUUCUUCGUAACGAGCCCUCGGAUGAGAAGUCUGACAUAUACAGUUUUGGAGUCAUAUUGUGGGAGCUUGCAACUGAGAAGAUCCCUUGGGAAAAUCUCAAUUCAAUGCAGGUUAUUGGUGCUGUUGGUUUCAUGAACCAACGUCUUGAAAUCCCCAAGGACGUGGAUCCGCAAUGGACUUCAAUUAUUGAAAGCUGCUGGCACAGGUCUCAUUUCAUCCAACAUUCGAACAGAUUUCUUCUCGUAGUGUGUAGUUGUAAAAGUGAAACAUUUAUGAAAGUGAACCUUCAAACCGGCCAUCAUUCCAAGUUUUGAUAGAAAAGCUGAGAGACUUGCAAAGGAAGUAUGCUAUUCAGUUACAAGCAGCUCGUUCUGGUGGAGAUAACAACAACAAUAUCCCUCAAAAGGAAACAUAAUAAUAAAAUUUAAAAGAAAAACCCAACAAUCAAUUCUUAUGGGUUUAUUUUUUGUGUUGUCUUCUUCUAAUUGAUGAAGAAGGCAAAAGUCAAAACAAAAGGUGUAUCAAAGUUUUGAAGAGGUUCACAAAUGGUGGCAGUAGGAUUUGGACUCUCAACAUUAUUUGAACCACAAAGUGGAAUGUAAGUUAAUGGCUGUGGAUUGGCAGUGAAGGAUUUUUUUUUUGCUUGGCAUUUGAGAGGGAAAAAAAAAGAAAGAAAAGGAAAAUGACUCCUCUAACAUUGGUGGUAGUCUAGUGGGUGAGACAGACCCUCCCCAUUUUAUUUUUCCCUUUUUCUUUUAGUAAAGUGCCAUAAUAAAAUACCUUUUUUUUUUUUUUUUAAUUUAGUGGUGUUUGAUUGGGGAUGUUCAAGUGUAACCCAUUUGCCUUUUCAUUUGGUUGUAAAUGAGUUUUUUUCUUUCCUGACCACUUGUCAAAAGUUGUACAAAGAUGAUGAAAGAAACACCAAAUUAAUUUUUUUUAGAGUUUAGAAUUGUGAAACUUAAAUGCUUCUUUUC